AUGAAGGUUGUAUCAUUCAUUCUCAGUGCUCUAGCCUCCCUCACGGCCGCUCAGCAAGCCACCCUCUGCAAGGACUUUGAGUACUACUCCAGCAACGGCUACGAGCUCAACAACAACAUCUGGGGCCGCAGCUCAGCCACCUCUGGAUCUCAAUGCACCUACGUCAACAGCGUAAGCCAGACUGGUGCCAAGUGGACCUCCAACUGGCAGUGGCAGGGUGGCCGUGACAAUGUCAAGAGCUACGUCUACUCUGGCCGUCAAAUCACCAAGAAGCCCGUCAGCCAGUACAGCAACCUCGAGACCGAGGCCUACUGGGUCUACGACACCUCCAACAUCCGCUGCAAUGUUGCCUACGAUCUCUUCACCUCUGCCAACGUCAACCACCCCACCAGCAGCGGUGACUACGAGCUCAUGGUCUGGCUCGGCAGGUACGAUGUGUACCCCAUUGGAUCCUCGCAAGGGAUGGUCAACGUCGCUGGCCGCCAAUGGGAACUCUUCUACGGCCUCAACGGCAACAUGAAGGUCUACAGCUUCGUUACUCCUUCGGGCCCCAUCUACAACUUCAAGGCCAGCAUGAAGGACUUCUUCCAGUACCUCGCCAACAACAAGGGUUUCCCCAUCAACAGCCAGAACCUCAUUACCUACCAGUUCGGUACCGAGGCCUUCACUGGUGGCCCCGCCAAGUUCACCGUCAACCAGUGGUCCGCCAACGCUUAUUAA